UGGCGCUGGAUUGAUGGAUCACUAGACACGUACAGGAAAUGGGCCUUUCGCGAACCCAACAAUGUGUCUCAGAAGGACUAUUGCGUUGUUCUCUAUGCUUCAUUCGGGCACCUGGAUUGGUCUGAUAUAAGCUGUAGCAGAAAUUUUCCUUUUCUCUGCAAAUGGAAGCCCGCGUAAGCCGAGUCUGGAGAUGGAGUUAGAGGGGCUCCCCGUGGAUUGGACACCUGAGCUGAGAUCUUUGG